AUGGAAGACACCUUUUUGAUCAGCACUCCAUUCAAAACGAUAAAAGUGCAUCCAGUGGUUCCCUUUAUUAUUCUGGACCAAUAUGUCCGUAGACCCGAAGGAAAGAAGCAUGUUAUGGGAACGAUUAUGGGCUCACUGAACAAUGGAGUAUUAGAAAUUACAAACUGUUAUGGGGUGAAUUAUGAGUUUGCGGAUGGAGAAAUUGUGGUGGAUAACAAAGAAGCGAUGGCUUUUAAUGAAAAGAUGAAGCAACUUUAUGCUAUUUCCAACAAAUCAGAGGUCGUUUUGGGAUGGUUUUCCACCGUUGAUUCACCGGUGGUUGCACAGGAGAACUGGUUCCAACUGAACGAGUACUAUAGAAGUUGCUGCCAGCUUUUUAAACCUGUAAUACUGACUUUGAUCUUUUUGUCUAUGAAUGUAUCGCUUGAAAGACCGAAGCUCGAUUUGGAGGCGAUGUCUGUGACAUCCGUGGUUCUCAACGAAACUGUUCUGGCCAUUAAAAUGACGAAGCUUCCGGUUAUGAUCUCCGCGUCGUCCGUGGAGAACCAAGUGAUCCGAAGCCUGCUCGAUUUUGAGAAUGCGAUCAUCGAGAUCAACUCUGCGGAAGUGUACAAUGAUCUGGUCGGUCUGAAAGCAAUGAUGAGGGAUUUGAUGAGCACGUUGGAGGACGCGGAGAAGUACAUUCGCAGCGUGCUGGAUGGAACCCUGAAGCCUUCGAGCGAGGACAGCCACAAGGUGUUCAACGCGCUUUUCUCCAUUCCUCAGGUGUCUCACGAGGAGUUCAAGCAAAUGUUCGACUCGAAACUGCAGGACUUUGCGAUGGUUUCGUAUUUGAGUUCGCUUGCGUUGAACCAGGUGGAGAUUGCGGAGAAGGUGAACAGUAAAGUGGCUAGUCGAAAUUAA